GCGGUGGUACAUCCCGGUAUAUAAAUAGCUGCUUCGCGCUACGUACUGUACAGAGUGUUAUUUAGCGGGGCAGUGAAUGUAGCGUCAGAUGCGAUACUCCUCCGCUCACGUCUAUGAAGUAUUCUGCAACUUUUUGAAAAUGUCUUAACGCAAGCCAACAGAUGACUAAAGCCUGUCUCGAGGUAGAAUUUAGUCGUAAUAGAAUUACUAGAGUACACUCAGCAUCUUCACUUUUCUCAACUCGAGCAUUAUGUUGUCUUGGAAGAAGAGCAAGUUCGAGCUGAUUGAGGAAGACAAGCAGCAGUCCAAGCAGAAGGGCUAUGCCGUGAGCCUCAACUACUCCGCGCUCACCUCCUUCGCCAAAUCCUGCCCAGAGAACGCACUCAACAGAGUCGGGAGCAUGUUCAAAUCCAAGAGGAAAAAGGUGAAAAUCACCAGCGAGGACCCUACGUAUACGGUCUUAUACCUGGGGAACGCCACCACCAUCCAGUCCAAGGGGGACGGAUGCACGGACGUGGCCGUCAGUAAGAUCUGGGGCAAGAGCGAGAUGGGCAAGAACGGGACCAAGAUGAAGUUGACCAUCAGCUCGCAGGGCAUCCGCAUGGUCCACCUCGACGAGAAGGCGAAGAGACCAGGACAUCUGUAUUUAUUGCACAGGAUCACCUACUGUGUCGCAGACCCGCGGCUCCCCAAGAUCUUCGCCUGGAUCUACCGGCACGAGAUGAAGCACAAGGCGGUGAUGCUGCGCUGUCACGCCGUGCUGGUGUCCAAACCGGAGAAGGCGAAGGCCAUGGCGCUGCUCCUCUACCAGACCUCCGCGACAGCACUGGCCGAGUUUAAAAGACUCAAAAGAAGGGACGAUGCCAGGCACCAGCAACAGCAGUUGGUCGGGGAGCAAACGAUUCCCCUGGUGCCCCUGAGGAAGCUGCUAAACGGACAGUGUUACUAUAAACCCCCGGUGGAGCGCAGCAGGAGCGCACCCAAGCUGGGCGCCAUCACGGAGGACCUGAUCGGGGAGGAGGAGGAGGAGAAAGCCAUGCACUUUGAGUGCGAGGAUAUUCUGGACAACGACAGUGACUGUGUGGCCGACGGCAAUCAAGAACUGUGCCAGAUAAUCAAUGACUUGGGCUCGAUGAGUAUAGGGAACGACGUGCAGACGCUAAAAGCCGAUUUGAGGGUGACUCGCCUGCUGUCCGGAGAGAGCACGGGCAGCGAGUCCUCCAUAGACGGCAACCAAGAGACUAUUUCUUUUCCCAAUGGCAUUGUGGAUGGGAAAAUGCAAGAAGUCAGCUGAUCGUCCUCGAAGAUCUAAAGACAAUCUAGUGAGCAAUGUCAUGCGAUGUUUCAUCGUAAAGAUGAUGAUGAAGAGUGUUUGGGUGCUUGAAUGUGCCACUUGACUUGAAAGCGCGCUGUUAGCAUUCACAGUAAGUGAGCUGCCUACCUAGACAUGUUUGGGCCAAACUGAUGCACACUGUAAGAAAAAAAAAUUGGAAUUUGAUUGCUGCCUUAAGUAAAAGCCAAAGUUAUAAUAUGCACUUUUUCAAAAAAAUUACAGAUUGAAAGAGUUGAGUUUAAAUGUAAAAAAAAUAAAAUAAAUAAAUAAAUAAUCAAUGAAUGGAAACCGAGAAAAAACACUUUGGAAUUCUGCUGACUCGGAGUGCCCCAAAAUGCUGUCUAGGUAGUCAACUCAGGCAUUGAGACACAAGCCAUGAAAGUGUUUGUGGAUUUAAGAGACACUCGCACAAUAAUCCCUCAUUAGGGGUCUGGGUUGAAGCACCAGAGGUCCUCUGCUCAGUAAGACGCUUAAAGUCUCUGCUUAACCUCUCUAUGGUGUAAGAGAUUUUAGGAAUGCUCUUGUUUACCUAAUAAGUUUCCGUCAAGGAAAUGUUUUUUUUUUUCUUUUUUGCUUCUUCUUUCUUUCUUUUUUUUUUUUUUACUGAGAAAAACCGCAGUCCUGAAAUCUUUCUUUCUUUCUUUCUUUCUUUCUUUCUGUGGUGUCUAAACUAACUGAACAAUGAGUUACAAAACUAUUUUCCUUUGUAACUUUUUUUUUUUUUUUGCACUGUGGUGGAAUUCAGACAAGCAUUGUGUUAUAAUUUAUGUGCAUAAUAUUGUUUUCCUAUACAUGUCCUUACAGACAUAAAUGUUUUAUCUUUGCUGUGCAAAAGAGACAAUUUUCCUGAUGUACUGAGGUGUAUAUAUGAAAUACAUGAUGUGUAAACAACAUGCAUUAUUUUUUAAGCAAUGUGGUUUGUUUCCGUGAACACCAAUAAAAAUGUCAAAUCCA